CGGAGCGAGGCCCAGGCCUGGUUUCUCAGAGCCCGUCUCCAGCUCGGGACCCGCACCCAAGGGUAGGGGAGCGCAGGGGGAGGGGCAACUCCACCCCGGCCGGGAGGGCCGGCCACGCAGCGCCCGGCCACACUCGUCACCGCCCCUCCGGGCGCGGGGCUGUCAGGGUUCCUGUUUGGAGAGAUAAACCAGCAAAACCCAACCAGGCAAAAAGGGGAGGAGGAAAGAGCGGGCCUGGCGGGGCCUGGCGGGGCCUGGGCGCCCCUACCCCGGCCUGAGGGCCGUGCCCGCCGCUGGCGUUGGGGAAGGGAGCCGGGCCGGCCGGCUGUGCGCGCCCAUCAAUCUGCCGGAGGGCGGCGGGCGGGCGGGCUGGGGGCUGUUUGUAACUUUGCUGCCUCGGUCGCCGCGGUCCCCGGGGAGCGGGCUCCGGCGCUCGCUCCCAUUGGCCGCCGCCGCGUCAGCUGGUGCGAUUUGCUGCUGUCGCUUUUGGCGUUCGGCCAUCCAGAAACAAACCAGUUCGAUGACUACUAAUAGUUAUAGCCAGAUGUACUAAUACACAACAAAUCACAGUCCUGCAGAGGGGCGCGCAAAUGAGUUCCUAUUUUGUGAAUCCCACUUUCCCCGGGAGCCUGCCCAGCGGCCAGGACUCCUUCUUGGGCCAGCUGCCCCUCUACCCGGCCGGCUAUGACGCGCUGAGGCCCUUCCCGGCCUCGUACGGGGCGUCGAGCCUCCCGGACAAGACGUACACCUCACCUUGUUUCUACCAACAGUCCAACUCGGUCCUGGCCUGCAACCGGGCGUCCUACGAGUACGGGGCCUCGUGUUUCUAUUCUGAUAAGGACCUCAGUGGCGCCUCGCCCUCGGGCAGUGGCAAGCAGAGGGGCCCCGGGGACUACCUGCACUUUUCUCCCGAGCAGCAGUACAAAUCCGACAGCAGCAGCGUGCCGGGCAAAGCCCUCCAUGACGAAGGCACCGACCGGAAGUACACGAGUCCUGUUUACCCCUGGAUGCAGCGGAUGAACUCCUGUGCGGGUGCUGUGUACGGGAGCCACGGGCGCCGAGGCCGCCAGACCUACACGCGCUACCAGACGCUGGAGCUGGAGAAGGAGUUCCACUUCAACCGCUACCUGACCCGGCGCCGCCGCAUCGAGAUCGCCAACGCGCUCUGCCUCACCGAGCGCCAGAUCAAGAUCUGGUUCCAGAACCGCCGCAUGAAGUGGAAAAAGGAAAAUAAGCUCAUCAAUUCCACACAGCCCAGCGGGGAGGAAGCUGAGGCAAAAGCGGGCGAGUAG